AUGAAGCCAAAGAAGAAAACAAAAAACAAAUAUUUAACUGUUAAUCUCUUUACUACCUUUAAAGAGAUUAUUCAGCAAAGAAAAUUUUUUGACUUAAUUAUAAUUGAUGGUCCUGCCCGCACUAGCCAAGGAACCUUGGAAAUAGCCAAGGUGGCUAAUUUAGUAAUCCAGCCAACGGG